UUGAUUCUGUCUGUCUGUCGGUAAAUGAAGUGAAGAUGUCCGGAGGAGGAGGAGGAGGAGAACCGAAACGACAAAAAACAGAGGCAGUCAAAUACGGGGAUAUCUUCAAAAACGUCCACGGCGAGCUAGCCUACAAGCCCAUAGUCCCGCGGGAUGCCGCCACCAUGCAGGCUGCCGAGAAAAUGGUCCUGGGACAAGCUCAGAAAGGCAGUAUUGCCGACGUCAUGCAGUCUGUCGCCGCCAUGAAUGAGCUGACCGGAGCUGUCAGCCACGAUGACACCACCGAUGUCUCCAGAGAACACGGAGGAGUCACCAUCACUGACACAACCGCAGGCGGCAUCCGGGUUAUUACAGAAUCAAUCGGUGAUCAGGUUUUAGGGCAAUAUACUAAGCCGGCGGUGGAAUUGGUAGAACCAACUGCUGUUGGAGCGGAUGCUAUAACUAUUGGGGAAGCUCUUGAGGCUGCAGGUCGCUCUUCGUGGGACAAGCCGGUUGAAAAGAGCGACGCUGCAGCCAUCAAGGCUGCAGAGAUUAGGUCGGCGUCUAAGGGAACUAAUGAGAUCUCUCCGGAUGGCAUUGGCGGUGCGGCUCAGGCAGCCGCCGAUCGAAACGAGAGGGCCGUUUGUGAUGAGGAUAAAAUCAAGCUAGGCGAAAUUCUAGAGAAUGCUAGCUGUAAGCUAGAUAUGGGAGACAAAGCUGCGACCAGGGAGGACGCAGAAGUGGUGAUCGCAGCAGAGAUACGGAAUGAUCCCACGAUGGCCACUCACCAUUGCGGUGUUGCAGAGACAGUGGCUGCCGCGGCAAGGCUUAAUACUAAGUAGGAACAAACAAACAUCUUUUUCUUUUUUUUUUGUUUGUAUUAGAUUAUAACUAUGAAGGGUAUAACAACAGUAAUGCUAAAAACUUCAAAACUGGGUGAUGA